GGGGGCUAAAGUUCCGUUGGACAUUGUUUCUACUAUGCAGGCAGCUCACCGUCCUUCUACGCUCCGAAUUUAUGAAGCUACGUGGAGGUCCUUUGCUUCUUGGUGUUCAACCGUUCCGGUGUUGCCCACGUCAGCCUCAAUCCUCCAUGUUUUGAGAUUUCUUCAGGCUGGUUUUCGUAAGGGACUGCGACCCAAUACCUUACGUCGUCAAGUUGCAGCCAUUGCCUCAAUUUUGCCUUGCGGCUCGAAGGAUUCCAUCUCCCAUCAUCCUGUUAUCACUGCCUUCCUUCGCGGAGCUACUAAUUUGCGACCUCCGACAGUACAUCGUUUUCCUACAUGGAACCUAAAUAAAGUUCUUUCGGCUCUCAUGUCCCCUCCUUUCGAGCCUCUCCGUUCUAUUUCCUUGCGUUUUUUCUCCUUGAAAGUUAUCUUUUUAGUAGCAAUCACGUCCUCCCGUAGGAUUUCAGAGCUGGCAGCCCUUUCCGUGCGGUCGGAUUUAUGUAUCUUCCAUACCAAUAGGGUGGUGCUCCGGUUGGACCCCUCGUUUGUGCCCAAAGUAAACUCGCCCUUUCACAGAGCGCAGGAACUCGUCCUUCCGGAUUUUUGUCCUCGCCCUUCUCAUCGGCUAGAGAGGUCUUGGCACACACUGGAUGUCCGCCGGGCACUGAAGAUUUAUAUAGCACGGACUGCUGGUCAUCGUAAGACAGAAGCUCUUUUUGUGGCUUUCCAUCCUUCCUCACUUGGGACCCGCGUCUCAAGUACGACUUUAGGGCGCUGGAUACGGGCAGUGAUAGCCCUAGCCUACCGUCAAUCUGAUUCUCCGAUUCCUCCUUCCAUCACUGCGCACUCAACGCGGAGCGCCUCUACCUCAGCCGCCUGGGCAACUCAGGCUUUCCUCGAGGAAGUGUGUCGAGCGGCCACAUGGACGACUAUCAGCCCCUUCAUAAGGCAUUACAAGGUUGAUUCCUUCGCCUCCUCAGAUGCUGCAUUCGGCAGACGGGUUCUCCAGUUGGUGCACCUCGCUUGACGGAUUCCGGACCAGUACCUUCCCCCCCGGGGCGACAUCGAGCUUUGGUAUGUCCCCAGUAUGACUGACGUUUUUCCCUCUCGUUGGAGAAUGGACGUUGGUCUUACCUGAUACGUCCGUUCUCGACAUGAGGAAAAACGUCAGUCAUCCCCACCCUGGGUACGUUCCGGCGGUGGUAGGGGGGGGUGUUAUUAAUUUUUUAUCGUUUCAGGAGGACACGUCCUUCGAGUCCUUUGCUUCGCCUCAACGAAGAACUGGGGCGGCCUCAAAGGGGCGGUGCCUUGGCUUUCAAAGGUCUCGGUCAUUGGCUGGACAGGACGUAUCCCCAGUAUGACUGACGUUUUUCCUCAUGUUGAGAACGGACGUAUCAGGUAAAAUGUGUUCCUGUAAUGGGAAAAGGUACUACCAGACUCCUCCUGAUAUCUGUUUCAUGAAAUUGAUACUUGGACAAUGGAAAUUGAUUCUCUACACUGAACUUAUUGCUAAGAGACUUAUCCUUCAACAUUGUUGCAAGUUCAAACCCAAAAGCAUCUCCUUUCUCAAGGCUUUCAGCAAGCAGGGAACACAAGUUUGUGGAACCUGGAAUGCAGGAAUUGUGAUGAUGUCAGUGGAGGGGCCAUUUGGGCCUGUUGUGGCUCCGUUACCUGAGCCUGUAUCAUCGGCAGGAGAGGACUCCGAAAGUGAAGGAGAGGAGUUGGCAAGGCCUCCCUCUCCAGGACCCUCCUCUUUGGCAAUGCCUUCGGUGUCCGCCGAAGGGCAAGAGAUAGGGCCGGGGCCAAGCACGUCCACACAGCCACAGGUGGACAGUGAUGAGAGUAAUGAGUCUUGGCUGGAUCCACGCCAGCGUCGCAGAGAUAAGCGCGCGCAACAGAAGAAAAGGCAUGCACGAGAUUAGGCUGAGUCACUGGACCACACCCCACAGAGUAUAAAAGGGAGCGUGGUGGCCAGUCAAGCCUUGUGACGAACAAAGCUGAAAGCUUCCACGCCAUUCUGCAUUGCCGGACUUUUGCUAUAGACUUUGCUGGAUUAUAUUUGGACUUGAUUUACUCUGUAAUUAUUGAGCAUUUUACUUUGAUGUACCAGAAGCGGAGAGAAGUUAUCUCUUCCCUUCGUUAAGUAAUAAACUCUUGGCAGGCAGCCACUAGGUUGCUGCCAAGUUCCAUUAUCAUAAGGAAAAGGA